AUGAAACAAUUCAAUAACCCGAUUGCGGUGGCAGUUGUGCUGAUUAGUGUUUUGAGCCGGCAUGUGAAGUGUCUUCCGAGUUCGAAAUCGGGUUCGUUGUCGUCCAGUUCGUCCGGUUCGUCCAGUUCGUCGGACGGAUCGCAACCAUUGAAGGAUUUGAAACCCGAUGGAACGAGCUUCUGGAGUCCGCAGCCGGAGUACUACCACGAACGGGAUCGCUACAGCGGCAAUCGCCCGUCCGAUUUCGUAACGUCGUAUGGCAGUUUCGAGAACAAGUAUGGCGGAAGUUCAUCGCCAUCAUCCUCGUCGUCGUACGGCAACAAGGAUCGACUGGGUCCCUUCAGCACCGGAAGCGGUGGAUCUUAUUACUCUUCUGGUGGUGUCUUUGAUCGGAAACCCUAUGGCCCACCUCAACCGGUAGAGUAUCCUGCCUAUGCUCACGAAUACGAUGGUGGCCACUACGAUAACCAUUACAAUCAGGGUCAUGGAUUCAACCUGGGACAGCACUUCGGCGGCGGCGGAAAGGACAUUACCAAAUCGAUUCUCAUCCCGCUGGCCGGAGCUGCCCUACUGGGAAUUGCAGCCGCCCUCGUAGCCAAUCCCGUCCUACUGCACCUGGGUGCAUUUGCUGCGGGCAAACGAAAGCGUCGCGACGUCACGGCCAACUCACACAAUCUGGCCUACCGAGCGCAUUUGAAGCCAGCUCACCCAUUGGCGCCACCGAAAGCGUAAGAAAGGAACCCCACAAGCAAAUGCGCACAAAACAUUCGACCCGGACGAUU